CUCGAAAAGCGUCCCCUCUUGACACAAUUCACGGAUCCGUGUACACACAGUUCAAUUACGAACCCGGUCUCUGUUUCCCACUGAGUGUUUCGAAGCUCUCAAAGUGGAAGGGAAAGGGUAAGGGUCCUGCAUUGGCGCGGCAGAUAUAUCUUAAAUCAGUCAACAAAGUCCGUGUAUCUCAGCGAAUAUGGAAAUUGAUUCCCAGGAUCGGGGUGUGGCAGACACGCAAUUGGAUGAUCGUGAUAGAACACUCCGCGCUUUGGAGGGACACUCUCAGAUUCCAGAAACUCCGACACAAAAAGAGUCUUCUCAUUCAACCAAGGAAGAUCUCUUUUUAAAUCUCGCCAUCGGGGACUCGGCACGCCGGGAAGCAGAGGACGCGUUGCCGAGUGAGCGUAGAAAAUCACGCCUCCGCCUCGCAAGUCAUCGCGUGUCCCUUCCUUCUAGCGCAUACGCUUCAUCAAAUCCUCAUCGAUCAAGCCCGGCUCUUCAAGGAUACGAUUCUCCAAGCACACGAAGUUUGCACCGUCACAAUCGCGGGAACACAUAUAGUUUCUCUUCGGAUAUCAACUGCGAAUCUCCGCUAUCUGCAGCAUCAAGUCAGUCUCCGGCGCAAUCCUUCACGGAAGGAUCCCGGAUAUCUCGUCAUGGCCUCUCAUCGCGAACGUCUUUAAAUUUCUCACGGACAACACCUGAAGCUGGGCCCUCACCGGAGAACUCUUCUUAUCAACGGCGGAAAAUCUCUCUUUCAGAAUCUUCACAGGCCAAUGUGCCUCCCUCGAAAAGAUACCGUCAUUCAACCUUUUCCAAUGGAAUGCCAGGCUAUUAUACAUCCUCUCCCCUAGCGCAGAACUCGUUCGACUCUGAGCUGGAAGGUUCCGCAACUAGCGAAAAAGACGAUGAUACAGAAUCUACGGUGUCAACAGCAGCGCCGUCGACGGUUUGGGACGAGUUAGAUGACUUAAAGUCCCGGAUUCGCAAGCUCGAACUAACUGGUUCUCUGCCUUCUCCGUCCUCCACAUCAGCGGUGGAUACCGCGCAUGGCGAAAGCCCACAUACAGCUGCCCCCUUCUCUAGCUCGACUCGAAGGACUCGUGCUGGAACUGUUGCCAGUGCAGCUCCGUCUAGCGGUGAUUAUUCAGGAUCCAGUGCACAUCCCUUGCUUCAGGCAGCUCUCAAGAAGUCCAAAACUCUGAUAAGCGGAGAGGUCUAUCGAGCACUAGAGGCUGUUGCUUCCGACGCCCUCUCGUUGGCGAGUAUGACAGGAAGCACUGGGAUGCAAGGUCGCCCACAGAGUCCGAUCUCUGUUGUAAGCAGCAGCGCUGCAGGGGUAGAGCGCAGAUUGAGAAGGAAAGCUGAAAGCUUGUGUCGGAGUCUGACCGAACUUUGCAUCACAUUAUCUGAAGGCAAAGCUGGGACUGAGCCUUUAGACGUACCUCAGGCAUCGCCCAGUAUCCAUUCUGAGAGCAGAGGGCAAUCUUUAGCGUCAACCAGCGAUUUCGACGUUCGCUCUGACGUUUCUGUCCCUAUGCGGCACUAUCAAGCUAAUCAAGACCUGGAUGGCCCAAGUUCGAUGCGUUCGAACCUUACAACGGGCUUAGCCCCGAUUGAUACUCGACGGCAGAGCACUAUUGCUGCGGAGGACGCCCACUUCCAAGAAUCAAUGCGCCCAAGCGUCACCCCCACACAAGCGUCGACGCCGAUUCUCAGCAGACCCAAGCGGACAACUGGUAGUCUGCUACGGCGUAGGAGGGUCGAUGAUGACAAUGGCGAUAAUCGUGCCCCUUCACGAGCCAUGACAGACCUUGGCCAGAUAACAAACAAUCACAGAGAGAACACACCGAAGGACUUCUCCUUCCGAUCAUCAUUUCCUGGUCAGCGUUCCACGAUGACAACGCAAGGCGCUCCCAACACUCCUCUACGUAGUAAUUACAUUCAUACUUCUACACCAUCAAUCAUGUCUCAGUUACCCACCAACUCAUUCCUCAGAACCGGCAGCCGAAGGCUCGUAGAUCGAUCUGCUGCUGCGUCAGAUACCGGAUCUGCGCUUCGGCGUCCGGAACGCCGUGAGCCUCAUCUGGUCACUAGCACUCCACAGUUUAGUCCCGUAGGGCGUCUUAGGGCCGGCAGCGCCGGUCCUUUCAGUGCUGUCUUUACUAAUAAAGUCCGAUCAAGCCCUGAAGACAUCCCGGGAGAUGGAAUUGAAUGAGGGCUAGACGGCACAAGGAUAGCUUUCAUGGUUUCUAAGAGGGAAACCAGCUUCUAAAUGUACAUGGACAUGGCAUGACAUUGAAUAAUGACCUUUCAUGAUCUCAGGUUCUUUUGCAUUGGCGCACAAAUUUGACAUUUUAGAAGCGUGCUCUAAGCGGAAUUGAGUUAAUGUUGUUAGCGCUUGUCGAUAUCCUU